AAAAAAAAAAAAAAAAAAAAAAAAAAAAGAAAACCCACAUUAAAUUCUCCCUUUAUUCUUCAUUUUCUUCUUCUUCUUCUUGUUUCUCUCUUCUUCAAAUCCCUCUGGUACAAACUUUUCCGACAGCCAUUAACCUUAAAAAACCACCACCCAUCUGUGGCGGGCGGCCAUAAAUACUAUGGAUGAUGUUUCCUUCAACAAUAAUAAUAACCACCAAUUCUAUUCUGCUGAUCUAUUUGAAGAUUCCGACGAAUUAAAACCCACCCCCGAUUCUCCUCCUCGUAAUUCCGGCGCCGCCACCGCCACGAAGAAGGGCAGAAGAGGGAUGAAGAAGAAGGUUGUGUCAGUGAAAAUUAAUAGCGACAGCCCAAGAAAUUCCUCUGGCUCUGCACCUCCACCUUCUGAUUCUUGGGCGUGGAGAAAGUAUGGUCAAAAGCCCAUCAAAGGCUCUCCUUACCCCAGGGCGUAUUAUAGGUGUAGUAGCUCAAAGGGAUGUCCAGCAAGGAAGCAAGUAGAGAAGAAUCGACUUGAUCCAACCACGUUGGUCAUUACAUAUUCGUGUGAGCAUAACCAUUCCGGUCCGGUUUCAAGAAACAACAAUAACAAUAACAACAAUCACAACCAAACCGCUGCGGCUGCGCUGAAACCCGGUUCACCAGAGACGGUUCCAGUUCAUCAAGAACCGGAAGUGGAAGAGAAAUUUGUGGAGAUAGUGGGAGAGGAGUCGUUCAUAACCGGGGAUGAGUUUAGUUGGUUUGGAGAAAUGGAAACGACGUCGUCUACAGUGCUUGAAAGCUCCAUUUUCUCAGGGAGAGGAUCGAGUGGAUUGGUAGAUCAUUCCAUUUCAAGUGACGUGGCAAUGCUUUUUCCGAUGGGUGAUGAUGACGUGGAUGAGUCACUUUUUGCGGAUCUCGGGGAGUUGCCCGAGUGUUCCCUUGUGUUCCGACGCGGCGGCGGUCGUGGAUUACCGCUGGAUGAACAACCGGCUGCAACCCAGCGGCGGAUCACGCCCUGGUGUGGAACCACCACAUGAGAUGAGACGUGCACCUCUCACUUUGUUUGUAUACUUCUAGGAGCAUCCUCCGCCAUUGAUGCCGGGAAAGUUUUCUUUUUUUCUUUUUUUUUUUAAACUUCGUUUUCUUUCUUUUUAUAUAUUUUUUCGAAUAUGCAAUAUAAAAAAAAAAAAAAUAGAAAGAAAGAAAAUCUUGUUUCAUUUUAUUCUAAGGUUAAAUUACCAUUUUAAUCCAUCCUUAUACUUUCUGUUGAAUUCUAAUUUGAGCUAUAUCGUUUUAAAAUUUUCAAUUUAGGCACCUAUGAUUUGAUUAAAAUUUUCAAAAUAUUAUUCUUAUUACCAAACCUUAAUCCCACAGUGACAAAUUUUCUUCAAAUGUUGAAUUGAUGUUUCAAGAGAAUAUGUCACGUUAAAAAGGUGUUAUUGGUUUGGAUAAAGGUAAUAAUGCUUUGGGAAUUUUGAUCAAAUCUUAUGGGGUUCGCAAUAAGUUGAAACUUUUAAAAUAACUAAAAUGGUAAUUUAACCUUACCAAUAGUUAUCCAUCUUUGUGUAAUUUGGGUGAUAUUUUGUCUUCCUAUUAAAUACUUCUUGCAUGCAAUUUAUGUAUA